GGAGGGGGAGUGACAUGAAAUCACUGACUUGUGACAUACAUUCCUCAGCAACAGCAGCUGCUGCCUAAUGACAGCUAAUAAAGGGAAUCUUCCCUUGACAGAGCUGCAUGCCUGCAGUGGGACUGGAAUGUGCCCCAGAUAAAUCCACUGAUAACCUAGGAAGCAGAGAUCACACCCAAAGAGUAUAAAAGACAAGCUUCGGAAGAGAGAGGAUAGGACAAGGAAGAGAGAGACCUGAAAGGACAUCUCAGAAGAAACAGCUUGAACUUCCCUAUUCCCAACGAACCCAGCGCCAUGGACACUAAAGGCUCAUUUUCCUGUGGCUUCCUCUUGCUGCUGCUCAUCCAACUCCAGUUCAGCAGAGCCAACCCUAUCUACAGCCUCAGCCCUGCCAAAGAACUGGCCAGCAUGGAGGCUCUGCUGGAGAGACUGGAGGAUAAGUUUGCAAUGAUUGAGGCCCUGGAGUCUAAUCCUGACCUGCAAGAACCCAAAACCCAGGAGAUCCCACCAGAACUCAUAGAUGAGAGUGAUGACCAGAAGGCUGAACCCAGGCUAGCACCCAGCAGCCCUCUGUCCUACAGGGACCCCUUCCUCAAGAGACUGAGGGGGCUGCAGAUGCCCAGGAUGAUGAGAGAUUCUGGCUGUUUCGGCAGAAGAAUCGAUAGAAUCGGCUCCCUGAGUGGAAUGGGUUGCAACGGUUCCAGGAAGAAUUAGGACAACCUCCCUACACCCUACUCCGAAGAAUGCUUUACAGUACCCGUUCCUCCCAAGAUGAAAGCCGGAUGCUUGCUAAGCUCUUCAACAGAAAGUUAUUCCUAUUUUUAUUUAUUUAUUUAUUUAUUUAUUUGAUGUUUUUUAAAGAACAUUUCUUACUUUAGCACCAAGAGAUCAUCUUUAAAUAAAACUAACACAUUAGACAUC